AUGGUGAAAAAGAUGGAUGCUCGAGACAUUGCGCUUCUUCACAUGCUUCUUCCUGGAAGUCCAUCACCUAAGCUAUUACCGCAUCCAAUGUUUGUUUCUACUAACGCGGAUGAGCGAAGUUGCAACACGAGCAAGCUGGACAAUGGAUGUCUUCAAGAGGCAAUGAAUAUUAUCUUAUGGAUAUUUAGAAGAUUUAAAUUGGGGAAUUGCCACAAAGGGAUACAACCUGUUUUAAGGAUAUCUGAGAUGCUUUUUAUAUCUCGGGGCGCGGCAGCAGUGUUUGAGAAAGUUAUGUACUCAAUGAGGAUGGCUGGAAUUGUUUCUUUUUUGAAUUUGUCAGAUGAAUCACAUGCGUUUCGUUUGGAAGUUAUGGGGCGGGCACUUUCGUACCGAUUUCGGUUGCCUUACGAGCCAAAGUUUCCUGAAUUCACGCCGUUUGACGUGAAGUGCAUUCUUUGGUGCUACGCAUUUAGACAGUCCAAAGAGACUGCUCAAAAAUUGAUAUCUGAUGCCCACUUUUCCCCAAUAUGGGUGGGGGAUGCAAUCGAUAAUUUCUGCCUCCAAUACCGAAUAAGCUUAGAAAAUGAACUGGGCAAUGAAAGAGAAGCUCUUGUUAAGGAGUUAUCCUUAAUUCCUAAAUGUGAUGGAGUAAUUUCACGGGUAAAGACUUUUUUAACGCAUUCAUCAGGGGAGAGAGUGCCGAUAUCAAGGCAUUUUGCUACUGCCUCUUCAACUUGUUGUCGGGGUUGGUUUGAACAAGCGCCAGUCGGCACAAGUGCUGAAUUCAUACCAAAACCACAUGUAAACGUUUAUUGUUAUCCAUCACAAAACGAGUUAUGUGAGAUUCGCUUUGGAGAUUGUACACUACAGUGUCCUCUCGAUCUUUCGUAUCCCUUGAUAAUUGCACAUAUUGUUCUGUACACAACUCUAUGGAAUAAUGCUAUUAUUCUGGAGAGCGUUCACGAUACUGGUUCGGCGGCGCCUUUACCAAUACCUUUGGCAGUCCUUCACUCGCCCACACUAAACUCUAUAUUGGAAGACGUUGUUGAUGGAAAGGUGGGAUUCUGGCUUGAUAACUGCAUGGAUUCCGCUCCCCCACUAUCAGAUCCAUUGGAGCUUGCAUCUUUAAUGGCGAAAACGCCGUCUUUACUAGGGUUUUGUGAUCACAAGGCUUUGCGCCGGAAACGAAGUCAAGUGGGGUUGGACCUGAAACGUCAAAAGUGUGAAGUGAAAGAGGCUUCUGUGCCAUUGUCUGAGGCUGAGGCUGCAACAAUUAGGGAAUUUGCCAAUGCGGCUAUCAAGCUCGGUCGUGAAAAGGCGGAGAAACGCUUUAAAGGAAUGAAGGGAUUUGCAUUUUUGAAUCCGUCUCAUGAAAAUCAUGCGUACUACCUUCAUAUCUUGGAAAAAUCAAAUUCGUAA